AUGUGUUCUUCAGAAGCUAGGGCGUACCCCAAAAGCGAAGCGCAUUGUCCUCGCCUGGACAAUGUGGCGAAUAUGCGAGGGCUACCGGCUAGAGGACGGAGCCGGCCAAAGAAGCUACUCUGCUAUCGCCAGCAACAGCCAGUGCGCUUGGUAACACUUAACUUUGGGACGCUUACUGGAGGAAGUCGUGAACUGGCAGAUAGUCUCAGAAAACGCCGUGUUGACAUAUGUUGUGUACAGGAGACUCGCUGGAAAGGCUCCAAAUCAAGGGAAUUAGGCGAUGGCUACAAGCUCAUCUACCACGGCACAUCAAAUCGCAAUGGCGUUGGUAUCAUAUUGAACGAGUCGUUUAGAGACAGCGUCACAGCGGUGGAUCGACUAUCGGAUCGCUUGAUGGCUGUAAAAGUAGAUACAGAAGAAGUGGAAUUGCGAGUCGUCUCUGCUUAUGCGCCACAGGCGGGCUGUAGUGAAGAAGAGAAGGCAAGCUUUUGGGAGGAUCUGGAGCAGUACGUCCAAUCCCUGGAAGGUGAAGAAGUGCUUCUAAUCGGAGGAGACUUCAACGGACAUGUCGGUUCUCAGAAAGACGGUUUCGAGAGUUGUCAUGGUGGAUAUGGCUAUGGAGCUCGUAACGAUGACGGGUUGCGAAUCCUGAAGUAUGCUGUUGCAAACGAUGUCGCUGCCCAACACCAUCUACUCGUUAUGGACUUGAAAAUCUCCCGUCCAAGGAAGAGACAUCGACGGACUGAAACACAGCGCAUCAAAUGGUGGAAUCUGGAAGAUCGAAAGAAGGCGGCAAUUCGUGAGAAGAAGUCCAAGUAUAAGCUCUGGUGGAGGACACGUCAGCCUGAAGAUCGGGGUGCUUACCUAGCGGCGAAGAGGGAGGCUAAGAAGGCGGUCUCCAAGGCGAAGUCGGACCGCUACAAGGAUGUGUACAACAUGCUUGAUACCAGAGUAGGCGAGCUGGCAGUGUAUCGUUUAGUCAGAGCGCGUCAUCGCUCAACGUUGGAUAUGGAGCACACCAAGAUCGUUAAGGGAGUUGAUGGAGCCGUUCUGCGCCGCUCUGAUCAGAUCCUGGAAAGUAGAUACUACAAUCACUUGUGUAACGAAGAGUUCUGUCAUCCUCCCAUCCCAACUGUUCCCAGCGUCGAGGGUGCUGUUCCACCAAUUACUGCCGUCGAAGUGACCGUGCCUUUCUGGAAAGAGAAAGGAGACAUUGCUGACUGCACUUCGUACAGGCCGUACGACUGCUGUGCCAAACGAUGA